CUUUUGCGGAGUGGGGAGCUCAUUACAACUCACUUCGAGUCGCAUUUGCCGAACGUUUCAGUUUCGAUUUCUGUCAGAAGAAACAGACGUUCAGCAAUCUUCGUUUGAGGCGGUUGGAACACGGUUGAAAUUGUUAAAAAAAAAUACUUAUAACCAAAUAUCCCAAGUGUUUCUAUAAUGGUGUCCGCUCUGAAAUGCAGUUUGGCCGUGGCCGUUAUGAUCAGUUUGGCCUGUUCGGCUUAUGCCAUCAAGUGCUACCAAUGUGAAUCGUUGACAACACCAAAAUGCGGUCUGAAAUUCGAGGGAGAUGACAACCUUUUGCUCGAUUGCUCCCGGAUUGGACCGCCCCGAUAUCUGCAGACCUUCUUCCCCGUGCGCAACGCCACUGGCUGCAUGAAGAAGACCCUCGAGAGUGUGGCCGGACACCCGCAGAUCAUAAGGUCCUGCUACUUCGGUGACAUCAACAACAUCCAGGUUGGCUGCCAGCAGGAUCCUUCCCUGCCCUUCGUCAAGCAACUGGACUGCAAUGUCUGCUCCAAGGACGAGUGCAACGGAUCCGCAUCCCUGGCCCCUGUUGCCGGCGCCAUCCUGCUCUUCUUCGGCGUGGCCCGUCUCCUGGCAUAGAUCCUAAGACCUAGCUCUUAAUUUGUAUUUCCCUCAGUAAUUUUAAAACCCAGCCUUAAUGGAAAGAUCUUGUUUUUUUGUAAAUUCAUAAAAUUUAUGUAUUAAUAAAAGAAGGAUAGAACCAAAUCCUAGCAAUAUGCCAAACUAA